AUUUAUUUGAAAUAAAAUAUGAAAACCACAACAGUAGUAGAAUCAUAGGUAAUUAAAACCAAUGUGGAAGUUGAAUAAGCUCCAAUUAGAUAUAAUAGGAAAAGAAAUUAUAUGUCAACCUCCUUUGUAUCUGCUUAAUUUCCAAACUCUUAAUAUGGAUGCUAUUAAAUUAUGAUUGACAAUAAUGAAUGCAGACCAAAAUGCCAACCACCUCCUUAAUAACCUUAUAUGAUGCCUAUGUAUGUUCCUGUUCCUUACCCUUAAUAAUAAAAGAAGGAAUGUGAAUGCGAAGAUGGUGAAUCAUACAAGGAAGAAUUAUUGUUUUUAAGAUAGAGAGUAGCAGAAUUAUUGGCAAGAGAGCCUGAAGUCAAGACAGUCAAAGAGAGAGUAGAAGUGAUAGAUAACACAAGGGUACUUAUAAGUUCGAUAUAAAAUAUAGGUUGAAUAACUUGAGCUUGAAGCAUAAAAGCUAAGAUUAUAAUUAUAAUAGGCAUAAAAUUAAUUACGAUAGAAAGAGCAGGAGUUUAUUGAAUUACGAAGUGGAAAUGAUCAAUCUUAAUAAGGAUUGCAGUCUAGGAUAAAAAUAAUUGAAGUAAGAAUUAUCAAUGAAAUUAGGACCAAUUAUAUAAUGUAAGACUGGAAAUUGAAAGAAUCACUGGAUUGUUGAAUUAAAAGGAGUAAGAAAUUAUAGAUUGGGAAAAAAGAUGUCAUGAAAUCGAAAGUUCUGUUACUUAUGAGAUUGAAGAAAAAACAACGAAAUUAAGAUCUGUAUUCUUACAUAUUAUUUUCAAAGGAAGUAGAAGUGUGGAAAAGUAGAUUUAAGAAAUUAAAUACAGACUAUUUCAAUACCUAAGAAUAAUUAAUUAUGGUGUAAGCUGAGAUUGAUUCUAUUAAAAAUGGAGGAGUAAAAGAAGUUAAGGAAGUAAAAGUUGAAAAGAAAGUUGUAGGACCAACAAUCACAACUGUUUCAUCAAGUCAAUCAAGAACAAGAGGAUCAAGAGUAAUUGAAAGCUCUGAAGUCAUUAAAGAGGGAACACCAGCUAGGUUAUACCCAUGAGAAAUAAAUAUAUAAAUAUUUU